GGAGAAUGCCAAGGAAACUCGAACAAUGUAUGCCAAGGAAACUCGAACAAUACAACGCCACGAACGGUUCGAACCUGUUCCCAGAAGUCGGCCUCGCAUUCUUCUCCCCCAUCCACUCGCACAUUCGCGCGGGCACCCAUGCAGCUGUUGCGCCACAUGGCUGGGUGCUCCAGUGCUCCUCGCGCCGCCGAGGCAGCCUGGCAGGGCGGCCAGGACCUCGCACAACGUGACGUUCCACCUGACGAAGGACGCGCUUGCGGCGCCCCUGUAUGGCGCUCACGAGCCCAACAACACCGACACCGUCGACAUCUACGAGCUGUGCGAUGGGGAGCUACAUUAGGGACACCUCCGGGCCUGGCUCUGCACGCGCUGAAGGCAACUUGCCCCGAGAACUCGAUCAUGGACACGCCUGCGGCGCCCUGGUGUGGCGCUCGCGUGCCCUACGACACGAACGACAGCAUCGGCAUCACCGAGCCGCACAAUGCACCUCUCGAGAAGGCCCGAGAGGACCCGCUGGACCCCCACGCCCCCGAUGUGCCAGACCUCCGCCGUUCAGAUCCAGCCAGCGGCACCGACAUCUCGCCCAUCACCUCGCUGCGCCUCAGGCCCUGCGCAAUCCCGUUUCAUCAGGUGCACGCGUGACCCGCGGUGCCCUCUCGUGCGUGGAAGUGUGCGCAUCAGGCACGCGCGCCGAGAUGCAGGACCAUCAGGCGCUGGCACCGCCAGAUGCAGGUGCGAACGCCGCCGAAAAGCCUGGCGCUGAAGUCGCGACGGACGAUGCUGAGGAGGGCGGCGCCAAGGGGCGCCCGAGGAAUACGCCGCUGUCUCUUGCCUGGCGCCGAAUGUCUUCAAGCGAGGACUUGGCCGACGCGCACGAGCUCCCCGCCGACAUUUACGAGGCCAUCACGAAGAGCGCGCGCAUCAAAACUACCCUUUGCGAAGCCAUCGCGCACGCCGAACAAUUUGCGAGCGCCCGCGAAUAUUGGCGCGGUGCACUUCCAGAAGGCCUCUUCGAUCUGUUCGCGGACUUCGCAGAGUACGGUUGAGGGAAGGAUCUCUUGCGUCGACGCCCGUUUUUUUUUCCCCCCCACUUUUGUGUCAGCCAUGUGCCCAUGUGCUCUCUUCUUCCCAUUCCCUUCCCAUCCAUCCAUUAUCCAUUAUCCUCGGGCUGCCCCUCCCCCCGCCCCCCUGCCAGACACGCGCGUUUGCGCGCGAGCGCUCGAGUGCAGCGCCGCGUCGGCACCAGCCGUUAAGCAAGAGGCGGUCACACCCCGCAGCGGCGAACGCAAAACUGUAUAACGAGAGUUGUUCGUGCUGCUGCGGUGGUGCGCAAGGCGUCAGUGUUGUGCAGUAUGGCAGUAGCGCCCAACGUUGGGAUACCCAUCCGUUUACAUCACGCAUCGUGAAGAUUUUGUUCAUUGCUCCCAUGCCGUCGUAAAGAUAUGUUGGGCGCUGGCCCAGGCAGACCGCCUGACACAUCCCCACAAUCGUGGCGC